UGCGAGGGGCGCGGGGAGCGCCCGGCCGGAGGGGCCGUGGGUGAGACCUCGGGGCCGGGGCGGCGCGGAGGGGCUCCGCACCCCCGCGUCGUGCCUCCUCCCGGAGCGACGGCGGGCCCGGCCGGCUCUUUGUCCUGGGGCCGAGCAUCCCCUCCCUUGUGCUGUCCGAGGGCGACGCACUCCGCCCUGCCGGAGGCGGAGGCGCGGACGCCCGUCUCCCCCCCGGGGGCUUGGGGGUCGCGGCUCUCCCGUGCCCGCAAGGGCGCCCCGGGGGGCUCUCCCCGCCAUGGCCUUCACCUUCGCCGCCUUCUGCUACAUGCUGUCGCUGGUCCUCUGCGCCGCCCUCAUCUUCUUCGCCAUCUGGCAUAUAAUUGCCUUUGAUGAGCUACGGACAGACUUCAAAAGCCCUAUAGAUCAAUGCAACCCAGUCCAUGCAAGAGAGCGACUGAGAAAUAUUGAGCGUAUUUGCUUCCUUCUGCGAAAGCUGGUGUUGCCGGAGUACUCUAUCCAUAGCCUUUUCUGCAUAAUGUUUUUGUGUGCCCAGGAAUGGCUCACACUGGGGUUAAAUGUUCCUCUGCUUUUUUAUCACUUCUGGAGGUAUUUUCGUUGCCCAGCAGAUAGUCCAGAACUAGCAUAUGAUCCACCCGCAGUCAUGAAUGCAGAUACCUUGAGUUACUGUCAAAAAGAGGCCUGGUGUAAGCUAGCUUUCUAUCUCCUUUCUUUCUUCUACUAUCUUUACUGCAUGAUCUACACUUUGGUGAGCUCUUAACUGAAACAUCAUCAUUGAAGACUGAAAACAACAAAGGCUGUGGAGGUACAAGGGUGAGUGAGCCAAGUGAUGCAUGAGAAAAAAAAGGAAAAAAAAAUAAAGAGAGGAAGACUUUGAACCCAAGAAGUAAAUAAAGUAUGUGAAAGAGAGAUCCAGCAGAAGCAGAGUACCAUGAAGAAUGGCUGAGUUAACUGUGUUUAUCUUUUGUUUCUCAGUGUGUUGCAGUAAAUGGCUUUCAAAACCCAAGCAAAACCAAAAAAUGCAACAAGGUGGGCUGAGUUACAGAACUAUUCACCUCUUCAGGGAUAAUGCUACUCAGCUAAAUGCAGUCAUCAUAAACUGUAGCCCCUAUUGUCUUCCAGGAAGCAAAGUUUUUUUGUUGUUAUUGUUUUUGCUUUUAAUGACUGUUCUGUUCUGAGGAAGCAGAGGGCAAGAUCAUCAUACACAGCAAGAACAGCUACACAAUACGUUCUGAAAAUGAGCAUUGACAAGUUCAGAUAAGAUGUGUGACCAUUCUGCAGGGAUGUUCUUGUGACAUUAGUCAAACAGGGAUAUUGGAUCUUGGGAAAUUGUUUCAGGUGUUCUUUUUUUUUUUCACCCAUAACAAAAAUAGCAGAAGAAUUUAGAAAUUACAGUGUUCUGUUUUUUAAUGAUAUGCUAUUCCUGUAGGUAAAUGUCCAGUAUAUUUCUGUAUUUUAUUUAUGAUGCAUCAUAGCACAGUAAUACAUGUAAAUACAUUGGGAUUGACCUAAGCACGUCAAGCACUUACCAGAGUAGUAUUCCUCUGACUGCAAAAAAGACUGGUAAAAGCUGCAUAUGUUAAAGAGGAUUGUAACAUAAACGUUAUCUUCUUUAGAAUGCUGGAUAACAAAAUGCUGGACCAGGUGAUCAUGGGCUAUAAUUCUGUUGUGCAGCUUUAUUUCUGCUGUCAAAUUUAAGCUAAAACUAAGGCACAAAAUGUUUUUGUCUCAUAUUAGGUGGGUAUAGGAAGUUGUUCUUUUUUAUAAUUUAAAAGUUUUUUUCAUUAUUUUACCAUAUUUAUGUUUAAUUGUUUAUAUAUGUGCUGUAUAUCUUCAUAUAUAUGUAUAUACAAAUGCACAUCUAUAUAAACACAAUCUAUUCAUAUUUUAGGUUUAUCUGUUUAAUUUAACAGGUCAGAAGCAUUAUAUGUUCAGAACUGCUACUAAGACUAGUAAGACUAGUACCACUACACGCACAGAAACAACUUGGGUCUUGCAUUGUCAAUGAGGUAAUAAGACAUGUUACUAGCAGAGAUGCAGAGUGUGCAAAUAGGCCCAUCUGUAUGGAAACAGUUUGGUUACAGACUGUCUUGUUAGCACUAGCUCAUUGUUCACCCUCCCAAAUUUGUUCUGCCUAUUGAGAGCCAACUGAUUGUUCUUUUGGACUUUGGGCAUGGGAUUUCAGAAGGAGAGGUCCAGUCUCACAUUCAGCACCAUCCCUGUGCUAACAAACCCUGUUUUAGAGCAUGGUGGAGAAGCAAUGGACUGAAUGCAGUAAUCUCAUGUCUGGCAAGGUCAAAACGGAGCUGGAGUUACUGCAUGCAUACAGUGACAAGGUUUUUGUUGGUGUGAUCAGACUAUGUUAACAAAAUUAAAUCCUUUUAGCCUGCAAAGUACAGUGGUGAAUUAAAAUUGCUUGUGGCCCAUGCCAACUCCUGGCCAUUACUUGGAAUAGUGCUAACUGGCUUGUGCAAAAAGUAUACUGGGGUCAUUCUAACAACAUUUAGAAGAUCAAGUUGUUCCAAGCACAGACAUUCUUUAAUUUAUCGGUACAGACAUAGCCAAUAAAUCUUGCUGUAUGCAGUUUAACUUCCUAUAACUUAGCAUUCCUACUUCUGGGAAGCACACAACAAGGCUGCCAAUUCAGGUUACUUAGGAAGCUAAUUUGGGCUUGAUGGUUCGUAAGUUUGGAUUGCACGCACUACAGAAGUGGCUAAGUAUGCUCUUGAAAUCACAUUGACCUUGCAAUCAGUAUGGCUGUGUUUGCUUGGAGUGUGCUUGAGCUAAGAAACUUUGCUGGGUCAUUACAGAGCUAACUCUGAUAAAGUUCUGUCGCCAUGAUAUAAUUAAUGCAAAACUGAUCAAAAGCUGUAGUUUGUCUUUAACUGAAUUUCUUUUGUACAUACUAUAACUUAAAGCACCUCGUUCUGCAGAAGUAUAGGAGCUAACUUCACAGGAGAAAAUCAGCAUCACAGUGAUAACUUUUAAGCAUCUUGCUACCUUAUAAAGCUUUCAAAUCUGAGUAGGUGACUGAAUCUUUCCGGAAUGCAUCAGAGGUAGAAAAAAAUGAAUUCAGGUUUUCUACAUUCUAGAUAUAUGCUUUAAAGUCAGUUUCAUGAAAAGUCCUGGCAUGUUUUUGUGAGGCUGAAUGGGUGAAAUUAUGAUCCAGUUUUGCAGGAAAAGACAAUUUUCAAAUCCUGAGCUUUAGGCAUGAACUAGAUCACUAGCAGAUCAGUUGAUUGUCUACAGGGCUCUGUGAGUUUUUGCAACUGGCAUUGCCAUCUAAUCCUUGACUUCGUACACAAAGAGGCACUUACAUUCACAGGUCUUCUGAAUGUGGCUUCAGGUGACUGCAAAGACGUACCGCUUGAAUGGACCUGCUAGGUCACUCAGAACAAGUUCUCUGUUUCAGGCAACCUCAUCAAUGUACUUCUCAAACACCACUUGAAAGCAGAACAGUUGGUUUGAUCCCACUACUGCUGUCAGCGUUUCCAGGAUCUCACCUGCUCUCAUAAUAGCAAGUUUUUCUUCAUUUCCAGAUUAACACUUCUUCUUGCAUAAUUAAUUCCAUUUGCUUUUGAGCCAACAUUAGUCUAAAUACCCCUUAUCUCAUGACAUUUAACACUCUGAUACACAGGGAGAGCAGUCCUUUUCAGCCUCUGGUUAGAAGUGAGCUGUCUCUUCUUCCAUCCUCCCAUAGAAAAGCUCUCCAUUCUCCAUGUCUUCUUUAUAAGAUUUCUCUGCUGUCUCUCCAGUCAAAUUAAUUUUUCUUGAGAGUGGAUAAUGAAGCUGUUCAGAGAAUUCUGAAUAUCUUACCCCAUCUCGUCCUUACUAUGAAAAGACAAUGAAAGCUAACUUUCUCAUUUUUUACCAAAAAUCCUUAUUCAAAAAAAGUAAUCCCGCUGUUCUUAAUAACAUUUUGUUUCUCUUAAAGAACAAUUUUAAUUUAAAUCAAUGGAAAAAUUGUCUGAUAUGAGGAUACUUUCCCUUUCCUGGAAUUUAGUGAAGCUCCUCCUGAGUAGGGAUAACAUAUGAAAGUAGCAAAAACAUUAAUUAGAGUAUGUGGUCAAUGUAAAGCAGUUAUCUCCAACCCAGAACUCCAGAAUAGUAAGUGUCCAAGGUGUCUGACAGUAUCAAGAAGUUGCUAAUACUGUGGGCCUCACAGACAACAGAGUAAGAUACAGCCCUCAGUGUGUUUAUUGCUCAGUGUUGUUGCCCAGACAGGUUGCAGUAUCUUGCUGGAUUACCCCAACAGACCAACAGCACUUGGCUGCAGUACAGCACGAAAUCAGUAUGUGGCGGUGCUGCUGUUGUGACAGGUAACUUCAAUAUUGUAUUCACAGUGGUAUCUAGAUUAGUCAUUUUCUUACAAUGACAGGACUGUCUCCCUGGAUUUAUCAACAGGUACAAAAAAAAAAAGUGUUUGUUUUUAAAUUAAAUAGCUCUUUUCUGUAAUAGGAAGUGUUGUAAAAUGUCCAGAAAUUUACCCUGUAUUCUUCUGUGUUGCAUCUGUGGGUUCUGGCCUCUCAACAGUUAUAUCCAUGUGUAGUAGAUAUUUUCAAGACCAGAUUUGUCAUUUUAGCUGAUAGGCUUGCCAUACAUAUUAUAAGAGAAGCAUGAAUAGAGGAAGGAAAAUUAAGAGAGAAAAGAUAUGGGUUGCCCUCUUAAUACCUGGCUAUCUUGCUGGCUAAACUCAAACUGAGCACACUUUGACCAAAACCAGAGAAGUAGAGCUGCAGGGAAGUAGAGACAAAGAACAGAAACAGAAAAGAGGCAAAGAACAGAAAAACAUGUUGCAAUUUUCAUACACAAAGUGAUCUCUUCCCAGUGUCAUGCUUUUAGGGGAGAAAUAAUCUCUGCCAUCCCUUUUGUCUCCAGUUCCUCCUUCUUGGGUGGGUGGAGGCUACGGAUUUCCUUCCCAGGCCUGAUCACUUCUCGUCUCUUCUCCUGGAAAGGUAAAUGCCAUUGCUUAGGAGCAGCAGUUUUCUUCUCUCACAUGCUCUGGUGAUACAGGCAAACCACACAAAGAUCAUAAGAAAACAUGUCAUUUCCCUUUGCUCCCUUGAACAGGUGCGCGGUUAAGUGCACAUUUAAAUGAUUACUCACUGUCUUCAUUUGUACCAUCUUUAGAACACCUAGCUUGUGAAAUCUUUCCAUACAUAUAAUACUCUAUUUUUUUCCAUGACUGUUGAAUACAUGUAAAGGAAAAGGGUAGGAGAAAAACAAAUGUGAGUGGAUGAAAUCUGAACGAGCUGUUUGCCAAAGGGAUAGAUGCUUGAAAGGCAGCCCCGUUGGUGAAGUGUUGAUCUGUGCUUUUACCUGUCCUAUUUAUAGUCAGGUAGUUACAGCGAUGCUGGAUAAAACCAUUGCUGCUGUGACUGUUUUGGUUUCAAAUACAGCAAGUCAAUGCUGAUAGCAGAACGCUUCGCCUACAAAUAAUUAACAGCACUUAAGCUGUCAUAAAUGUUUUUCCAUCUGUUUCCUUGGACCAUACUCUUAAUUUUACACCAAGGCACUGGAAGUGGAAUAAAAAAUUCUUCAACCUACACCUUUCUACAGAAACUGCAUGGAGGUUGUUGUGAUCUGACACUGCUGUUGGGUCAUGAUUUCUCAUUCAUUGGUAUAAGUAUUAGCACUCUAUUGUUUUCCUUUCUCCAUACAGGUAUUCUUGUAAUAAUAAGAAUAAUCUUACAGGGCAUGGUCCAAAAUCCUUAAAUUUGCUGGAGAUUUUCCAUUGCUUCCAAUGGACUUUGGAUAAUGCCCAUGAAUUGCUCUAGAGCUACAUGGGAAAUACAUCCACACUAGAAAGUCUCUAGAGUUUUGCCAGUAGAGAACCUGUCCUUUAGAUCUUGACAUCACAUUAAUUUACCUUAAUUACAUUAAUGGAAGAAGAACAUACACAUCAGAGGGAGAAGUGUAAUGUUUCAGUGCCAGACUGUCACAGAAAGUUAGACCAAUUUAGUGAAAAU